AGAUCCGUUGAGAACAAUGCAGAUUGUUACGGUAACUCUACUCUUUGCCAUUGCAGUUUGCCUGCUUGAUUCUCUUGCUUAAAAAAUUUCCAGUACAAAUACCAGGGAUUUCAUCACCGACUUAUCAGUCAGUGUUCCAAGCUCCGUUGACAAUGAAGAUUUUUACUGCAACUCUACUCUUUGGAAUUUUAGUUUUCGUGCUGGAAUCUGUUGAAUCUAGCGGAAGUGGUGAAGAGUAUAUCGAGUAUGGCUAUGAUAAAAGAAAGGUCCGUCGCUUGAAGGACAGAACUGAUAUCUAAAUGAUUAGCCAAUAUGGAUCUCCAAAAAUAUCAUACGUAGAACUUGGUACGAGACAUUUUGAAACAGGCGAACCCCAACCAACAAGACUAGUACAGGUGAACGGAAGCACGAGGAUAGAACGGAAGGUGUGGGAUUGGAAGCAUUUGUCAGACAUGCUUUACGAAUCAGCCCAACCAUCCUCACCCUCAUUAUUAAAAGGCGAAUCAUCACAAGCCCAAUUAUCACAAGCCAAACCAGCACAAUCCCAAUCAUCACGUGUCCAAACACCACGUGCCCAAACACCACGUACCCAAACAGGUGUGCAACGAUACCUAGAAUGGUUUAAACAAGAACGUCAAGAGGAAGACGAGACUCGCUAAACAGGAUUAAAAAAUUAUAUAAACAAGAAAAAUAUAUGUAAUUUUUCU